UGGAGAACCUCUGGAGAACUGACGUGGCUCUUUCCUCUUUGGUUCUGCAGUAGGAGCAAGCAAGCAAGCAACGACUCAACAAAAUGGAGCUGGAGGCCAUGACCAGAUACACCAGUCCGGUGAACCCAGCAGUCUUCCCCCACCUCACUGUGGUCCUACUGGCUAUCGGCAUGUUCUUCACUGCGUGGUUCUUUGUCUACGAGGUAACGUCCACUAAAUACACCAGAGACGUGUUCAAAGAGCUGCUCAUCUCCCUGGUGGCGUCGCUCUUCAUGGGCUUCGGAGUGCUGUUUCUGUUACUGUGGGUCGGCAUCUAUGUCUGACGGAUUGUUAUAUCAAUACAGAAGAACAUUCCAAUGGAACAGGGGAAGGACAUGAAAUGGGCUCCACUACAAGAUGGAUAUGGAUUGGAUUGCACUGUGGGGGGC